AUGGCGAUUCGGCAUCUGAUUCUGCUCUCCCGCCAGGGCAAGGUGCGCCUUGCCAAGUGGUUCACCACUCUGUCGCCGAAGGAAAAGGCCAAGAUCGUCAAGGACGUCUCCCAGCUUGUUCUCCCUCGACGAACUCGCAUGUGCAAUUUCCUCGAGUACAAAGAUACCAAGAUUGUCUACCGACGCUAUGCCUCGCUCUUCUUCAUCGCCGGCUGCGAUGCCGACGACAACGAGCUGAUCACCCUCGAAAUCAUCCACCGAUACGUCGAGCAGAUGGAUAAGUACUAUGGCAAUGUCUCGGAGCUCGACAUUAUUUUCUCCUUUACCAAAGCAUACUAUGUUCUCGACGAACUGUUGCUCGCGGGCGAGCUGCAAGAGAGCAGCAAAAAGAAUGUGCUGCGCUGUAUAGGGCAGCAAGAUUCGCUGGAAGACAUGGAGUAUCUACCUGUACAAGACUUUGAGGCCGUAACCGGGGCCCUCAAUUUCAACACGCCGGAUUGCAACGUCACUGGCGGUUGCGAUCUCUAUACCACGAAAUCCACCGGCUCCGACAAGAAGCUUUACAAGAACAUUGACAAGGAUCUUAGCUCUCAACAUGAGGCGCUUGUCAAGCUCGGCGCCAGCCUAUCGCCUCCUGAGCGCCAACACAUGAUGGCCUCAUCACCAUCCAUGCAGCUCUUUUCCACCUCGAGUCCCUUUGGCCCCCUCUCCGAGCUCUCCAGUCGACGUACAUUCGCCUACAUGAUUGCUACUUUGAAUGCUUCCCAUCCUCACUACGAUUUUUCCAACGUCCUACGGCCAGGCGACUUCAAGCGAGAGCGCAAUCUGCGCCGCGUCAUGGCCAACCUCGAUUCGAUAUUACAAAACGUCCGCCCAUCAUCUACGUUUGAGCCUACAUCGCUCAACUCAUCAUAUGGCUCCGAUUCGGCUUCUGUCUGGGGCCCCCAAUGCUGGGCCCUAAUUGACAAGGAGAUGCGCCUUAACGAAUGCACCAUCUUCCGCUACAACCCUGAGACGGAUCCCUUCGAGGAGGACGAGAGUGCCAUUUGGGCCGCUCACUAUUUCUUCUUCAGUCGCGCUCUGAAGCGUGUGGCAUAUCUCUACGUGCGUGUUGUGCCCGUCAUUUCCUCACAGAGCCCUUCAUUGCGGCCGACUCGCGUCGCCGGUGGGCACGGACACAAGAUUGGCGUCCUGGGUGGGACUGGCCAUGGCGUAAGCCGUUCUGCUGGCGCCGAGAAGCGUGCGACGUACUGGCUGAGCGACCGCGACGCCGAACUGGUAAUACCACCGGAAGACGAUGACGAGCUCGGUGGCGACGGCCUGUACUGGAACCGAGGAGAAGAUGGGGACAUUGUUGCCUUCUCGGACGACGAUUACAUAGAAGAGGAAGACGACGACUUUGACGACGUGGAUAUGCUGGAUACACCGAGAGAGAGAUUUAUGAGCGAGGAUAUCGCUGGGAGGAUGGAGAUUUGA